AAUAAAUAAAUAAAUAAUGAGAGGAAAUAAAAAAAUAAAGACAUUAAUUCUGGCAUGUGUAAUUUAAAAAAAAAAAUUUAGUAAUAUGAGUUGGGGUAAGAUUUGUCAGUUUUUAAAAAAUUCCUGGUGGGACAAGACGUUCGUACCAGACGCAGACGUUAAAUAUUUUUAAAAAUUUUUAAAUUUACAUUAAAAUUUUUUUUUGAUACUAAAAAAAGUGAAAAUGUUUGAAAAAUUAUUAUCGUUUUUCAAAAAGUCAGAGUUAAAAAAAAAUAAUUCGCUGACGCAAUUGACGCAGGAUGAAAAAUUCAAAUUGAGAAAAUUAAAAUCAGAACCGAAUUUAAAAAAUUAUGGGGAAAAUAAUAAUUCUAGUGAGAGUAAUUGUAAUUUUUAUACAUUUGUGCCCUUAAGUUGUCUGGGUACGAAUGAUGGAUAUGGAGAAGUGAUCGAAGAAAAUUAUGUGAUGGAAAAAAGUUUCCGGGAUAAAAUAAUAACCGAUGGUUUGUGUAAAAUAUGUUUGGAAUCAUUGCAAUUGCGUCGGAUUUACUCAUGUAUUACUUGUAAUAAAAUAGUUUGUGUCGAUUGUUUUUCAAAAUUACGGUACUGUCCGUACUGCCGGAAUCCGACGAUUUCUAAACGUGAGAAAAAUCUUGAAGAGUUCAUUAAUUCGCUGGCGUUGCCGUGCAAAAAUUUGAGCAAUGGAUGCGACAAACUCAUAAAAAGCAAAAAACGUAAAAGUCACGAGUCGACUUGUGAUUACAACGAAAACUUCUGUCCAAUAAAAGAAAAAUCCUGUAAAUGGAGCGGAUUGUCUCUGGAAUUAUUAAGCCACUUGGAAAAUCAGCAUCACAUAAAACCAACAAACGGAUACGGUCUGACGAUCGUGAUAUCCGACUUCUGGAAGAAAAUGUCAUUCAAAUCGAGCACUGAGCACAUGUUCCUACAAUGCUAUCACCAGUUAUUCUACUCCAAAAUAAUAUACGACCAGGGUCUACUAAGUAUAUCUCUCAAAAAACUUAUUUUCCUAACCGACGUACCAGACUCCAUUAAGGAAACCCUUAAAUUAUUUAACGUCCACGUGACCAUAAAAACUGAUACCAAAAAUAAAUAUUCCGAAGUUUUUUUACUCAGCGAUCAAAGGAGUCCGAAGUUUUUCAUUGACUGCGGGCGUUUGCUGGCCGAUGACAUUUACGAUUACAUUAAAAUCGAGUUUAAAAUUUUGUUGACCGACGAAGCUUAAUAUUUACAUUGAUUUGUUUGUUUUAUUGAUUGUCUUUAUUCAAAAGUCAUA